AUGACUGACUGGGAGACAGUCCCUGCUGUGGCAGAGACCCCUGAUGUCAAGUUGUUUGGGAAAUGGGGCACAGAUGAUGUGCAGAUCAGUGACAUCUCCUUGCAGGAUUACAUUGGAGUGAAGGAGAAAUAUGUCAAGUAUUUGCCACACAAUGCUGGGCGCUAUGCUGCCAAGCGCUUCUGCAAAGCCCAGUGUCCUAUUGUUGAGCGCCUCACUAACUCAAUGAUAAUGCACGGACGCAAGAAUGGCAGGAAGCUCAUGACUCUGCAUCAUCAAACUUGCCUUUGA